AUGUCCGCAUUUGCUGGCGCCCAAGGCUACGAGGCGCUGAGCUCCGCGCAGCAACGGGACCGGGCGGUCGGCAGCCAUGCCGAGAAUGGCUUUGCCCGCACGCCGUGCGCGCCGCCGCCGCACCUGUGCGUCGUCGUGUCGGUGCCGGCGCAGAGCAGCAACAACGCCGGGUUCCGCGGCCGCCUGCACGACGUGAGCGCCGCGUACCAGCACGCCGUGCACCACGCGCCCCUCGGCGGCAGCGACGUCAUCGGCGACGCGCUGAUGGGCAGCCGGCUCUACGCGAUCCGCCUCGGCACCAUGGCCCAGACGAUUGAGGGCCUGCGCAGCGAGGAGGCGCGGUAUACCGUGCAAGGCAGCGACGAGGGUGGUGCGGCUACCCUUGCCCUGCAGCGGCUGAGCGAUCAUGAAAGCAUCACCAUAUCCCAGCAAGUUACCAACGGCAAAGGAAACAGCGACUUGUCAGACGCCACAGACGACUACAGCUUGGUCGUCGGCCGCCAGACCGUUGCGGUCACGGCGUCGUUUCCCGUCCCAGACAGCGUGUCCAGCGCCGGCAGCAGCCAGCACCCCUUUUACACGUUUACCUGGGGUGGUGGAGAAGAAGACGCCCCGGCGACGACGACGACGCUGCAGUGGCAGAUCCAGCCCCUCGGAACCGGGCCCCUGAGGUAUACCCUUGUGCGAAUCGACGCGGCGGGCGGCGGCGCCGAGGAUGCGUCGUCUCCCGCACCGGAGAGCAUCCGAGCCAUCUACCACCACACGGGCCAGGCCCCCUCGCUCUCGCUGUGCAGCGGCCAGGGCGUGCUUCUUUUGCCGGAAGACGGCGGUCGUCUGACCGAGGCCGUCAUUGUCGCCAGUCUGCUCGGUCUGCUGUGGAGGGUUCGCGCCAUGCAGGUCAAGCCGCUGGCCGCCGCCGCGUCUGCAGAGACGGAGAAGAAAUCAAUCUUGCGCCGCCUGUUUUAG